AGAAACAUCAACAGGCUGAUAAUAAUGCCUUCUUUAGUUUCUUUAUUAUCUGUUCAAGGAAAAGCGCUUGGUUAAAAAUAGAUAAGAAUAAUCUUGUCUCGAGAGGACUGACGAAACUGAACCCCCCCCCCCGAGCUGAAUAAACACCUAGCCAGUUGUGUGUGUGUGUGUGUGUGUGUGUGUGUGUGUGUGUUGAAGAGCAUCAGCGUUUGUUUGUUUGUUUGUUUUUUCCUGGAACUCUGCAGAUUUCGGAUUAUAAUCGAUGAAAUUUGCGUCGCAUCUUGUUGUUCUGACGGCAGACCGUGAAUUUAUCCGCUGGGCGUGCUUGGUCUGUCGAGCAUUAUUAUUAUUAUUACAUUUCAUCUUCAAUAUCGCGUAUGCGUUUGUCUUGUCCGUUGUAUUAUUUUGACCUUUGGACGGUGGAUGAAUCCUUCACCAUGGGCUUCACACUGAGCCUGAGCUCCAGCACUGACUCACAGCUCUUCACACUGAUUUUGUCCGGUGAUAAACUCCUCUGACACCAUGUAGCUCGCCGUAUUUGACGACUGCCUCCAACGGAAAACACAAAGCGGUGGUUAGCUGAGUGCUAACUGGGUCAGAAAAUGACAGCUUAGGCCAACCAGGGGGAAGCAGCUAGCGCCUUCAGCUCUCCAUCUAUUAUUACUGCAGUCUGAGCUUCUAGAUAACGCCUGCUCACAAAGGACUGGGUUGUUGUCAAGGACCAUUUAUAUAUAAAUAUAUCUAUUUCACACAAGACUAGCCAGCUAGCUGCUUGUAUAGCGAUAUCGCUAGAUACUUGAACGUUAUCUGUACUAGUAUGCGAGCUCGGUAGGUUCUGGGUAACAGGAAUGACACCGUGUUCAGCUUCCUGUGCUUUUGCUUAGCCAGUGCUUAAAACUCUGCUUCAGCCCUCCUCGUCCAUUGCUCUGUAUUAACACACUGGACAGACAUGGAGACGGUUGGAGACUUCGAGUACAGCCGGAAAGACCUGAUAGGACACGGAGCUUUCGCGGUCGUCUUCAAGGGGAGACAUAAAAAGAAGACAGAUUGGGAGGUGGCCAUCAAGAGCAUUAACAAGAAGAACCUCUCCAAGUCUCAGAUUCUGCUUGGGAAGGAGAUAAAAAUUUUGAAGGAACUGCAGCAUGAGAACAUCGUGGCUCUCUAUGAUGUCCAGGAAAUGCCGAAUUUUGUUUUUCUUGUAAUGGAGUUUUGUAAUGGAGGAGAUCUGGCAGACUAUUUGCAAGCUAAGGGCACUUUGCGGGAGGACACCCUGAGGGUCUUUCUCCAGCAGAUAGCAGCAGCAAUGCGCAUACUCAACAGCAAGGGUAUCAUCCACCGUGACCUCAAACCCCAGAACAUCCUCCUGUCCUACACCGGCCGCAAGAAAUCCAGCGUCAGCGGCAUCCGCAUUAAAAUCGCUGAUUUUGGCUUCGCACGAUAUCUGCAAAGUAACAUGAUGGCAGCCACUCUGUGCGGUUCGCCUAUGUACAUGGCUCCAGAAGUAAUAAUGUCCCAGAACUAUGAUGCCAAAGCAGACCUGUGGAGCAUCGGGACUGUUAUUUAUCAGUGUCUGGUGGGGAAGCCACCCUUUCAGGCAAACAGUCCACAGGACCUGAGGAUGUUCUAUGAGAAAAACAAGACGCUGGUGCCAAACAUCCCAAGGGAAACAUCUCCUCCCCUUGCUGAUCUGCUGCUGGGUUUACUACAAAGGAACCAGAAGGACCGGAUGGAUUUCGACACAUUCUUCAGCCAUCCCUUCCUGGAUCAAACGUCGAACAUCAAAAAAUCUUGCCCUGUGCCAGUGCCUGCAUGCCCUAUCUCAGUGUCGGAGAGCACUUGCGGCAGCUCGCCCUCCUGCCGUUACGUCUCACCUCCGUCGUUGCCGGACAUGCAGACCCUGCCUGAAGACGUGCUCUCGUCUCCACCUCUCGGCCCUCCCAACUACCUGCAGCUGUCUAAAGAGUCUGGCGGCAGCACCAGCAGCAAGAACUCAUCCUGCGAUACAGACGACUUUGUGCUGGUGCCGCACCUCUCUGGAGAACAGUCCUAUGACCCGCCGACGGGAGUCGCUGGCCGUAGACCGUCCAGUGAGUUUCUGCUGUGUGGAGGGCAGCCGCAGCCCUCUUCAGGCCAGAACCCUGUGGUGUCCCCUCGAACGGAGACCACCCCGAUCCCUGUGCCCACUCAGGUGCGCAACUACCAGCGGAUCAAGCAGAACCUCUCCAGCAGCCCCAGCACCACCCUCUACGGCUCACCCAGGUCUGGUACAGUGCGGCGCUCUAACACCAGCCCUAUGGGAUUUCCAAAAGCUGCCUCCGGCUCCCCCUGCCCUGCUGAUGCUGCCCAGACCGUGGGACGAAGACUCUCCACUGGCAGCUCACGUCCCUACUCGCCUUCUCCACUGGUGGCUACUAUUCCUGAACAGCUGGGCCACUGCUGUUGUGGACAUCCCCACAGCCGCGAGGGACACAGCCGCAGCUCUUCUGGUGGUUCCCCUGUGCCCUCAUCACAAUUGCUGGGCACCCGUCUCCAGAGCGCACCCACCCUGACCGACGUCUACCAAAACAAGCAGAAACUGUACAAGCAGCUCUCUGAUCCCGUGCAGCCUACUGCCUUACCCUAUCCUCCUACUCACUCACCGCAGCUGGGACGCCCUGGCAACCUUGGGACCUCUCCCACCAAGCACCUUGGCUCCUCCCCCCGCACCUCUGAUUGGCUACAGAAGUCCCCCCUGCCCACCAUCAUUGGCUCACCGACCAAGACCACUGCUCCCUUCAAAAUCCCUAAAACUCAAGCCUCGUGCAACCUCAUGGCCUUGGCUUCUCAACAGGGCAUAGCGGACAGCCCCAAUUCGAGUAAGAUGUCUACCGAUGCCCGGGAGAUCUGCCCCCACUACUGGUCACCGUACCCCAGCGGGCGACACUCGGCCUCCGAGAGCACAAAAACUACCUUUGGAAGGUCGGUGAGUACAGGGCGUUUGUCAGAGCAGCCUGUGAGAAUCACUCUGGGAGGACAGACGUACCAGGGCAGUACGGACAGCCUCAACACAGAGAGACCUAUGGACACGGCCCCUGCAGGGUCAUGUGGUUUGGCAGUGGGUAGUGCGAGUCCCCGUACUGUAGUGUUCACAGUUGGCUCGCCCCCCAACAGCAGCACCCCUCCCACUUGCAGCCACCUGAGCACACGCCCUCGCACCACAUCAGUGGGGUCCAACAGUUCAGCAGGCUCGCUGUACUCCAACAGUGGAAAGGUAUGCAUGGGUUCUCCUCCUGCUAUGGCCAUGGGUAGUUCUCCCCCCAGCAGCCUCCGCUACGUCCCCUACGGCACCUCUCCACCCAGCCUUGAUGGGUUUAUCACUUUCGAGGCCCCUGAGCUCCCAGAGGAGACGCUGAUGGAGAGGGAGCACACAGAAACACUAAUGCACCUACGGAUGAUGCUGUCCUUUACGGACUGUGUGUUGGAGAUGGCCGCUGUGAGAGCGGGAGGUGCAGAUCUUGGAAUUUCUGCAGCCUCGCUUUACCCUCCUCAGGAGAGUGUGGUGGUGGACCAGAUCAGCCAGCUCAGCAAGGAGUGGGGGCAAGUGGAGCAGCUGGUGCUGUACAUGAAGGCUGCUCAGCUGCUUGCGUCCUCUCUGCACCUGGCCAAAGCUCAGAUCAAGUCGGCCAAGCUGAACCCCUCCACUGCUGUCAAACAAGUGGUUAAAAGCCUGAACGAGCGCUACAAGAGCUGCAUCUCUCUGUGCCGUCAACUCACGGACAAACUCAACCACUUCUUCUCAGAUAAGCAGCGCUUUGUGGACGAGAUCAACAGCGUGACUGCUGAGAAGCUCAUAUACAACCAUGCCGUGGAGAUGGUCCAGUCGGCAGCGCUGGACGAAAUGUUCCAGCAGACCGAGGACAUCGCGUACCGCUAUAACAAAGCCGCCAUGCUGUUGGAGGGCCUCGCUAAGAUCCUGCAGGAUCCGGCAGACAUAGAGAACGUUGCCAAGUAUAAGGCGAGUGUGGACCGGAGGAUCUCUGCAUUGUGUUACUGCACUGUCACACUGUACGAAUAGAACACACACACACACACACACACACACACACACCACUGGCGACAGGAACCGUCCUCCUUGCAACUCGCUCAGACUAGAGGAUGCCCUCCCUCCCGCUUCUCCGACUUCGUAGCAGCCCGAGCCACUUUUCCUUUUUAAAUUCGUAUUAUUUUUCACGAAAUCACCUGACCCACCAGAGCAAGUAUUCCUUUUUUUCAUAAAGGACCUCUGCCACCAAGUCACUACCAAAGAUAAAAUGCAACAACAAUACAGAUUUCUGUUCUGAAGAAAGAGGCACUGGACUCAGCGAGCGGUCUCCUCAGCAGUUCUCCUCAGAACGCGUCUUUUCCUCGUUUUACACUGAGGACUGGUCUUUUUUUUUUAAUGACUUUUAAAAACAAUACUGUAUUCUGUGAUGGUGUUGCAAUUAUUUAUUGGUUUUAGGAGGGUAUUAAUGUUGUCACAUGAUGUUUGGAUGCUUUCGUCGAGUCAGACUCGCGUUGGACUGCAGUUAGAACACACACGUACUCGGCUGUCUUUAGCAUGGUAGCCUGAGAUUUGUAACGUAAUUAUUUUUAAAAAAUUGAAUGCACUUUAUUGACACGGACGUGGAAAAGACUCGUGCUAGGACCCACACUGAGCUGUUCUCCAUGGCUUGAUUUGCCGCCUGGUUCAACAGGCUGUAAAGAGACAUUAAAACGUUGUUCACGCCCCGGGACGAGAGUGUUCCCGGCUUUCUCGGCGAGCAGGAUCAGCCGUGACGUUCAUCAACAAUACCGGUCAAGAUACUUGAGUAGUUAUGUUUUCAUUCGUUACUAUAGAAACAAGCAUUAUGUUUAUAUUAAUACUGGAUUUUUUUAAAAAAAAAAAUGUAUGUAUAAACUGAAAUUUGCAUUGUGUAAAUAUUUGAACGUGCAUGUGCGAUGUGUAGUCUGUUGUUCAUUUGGGAAUGAAGGAGCAGUCAUGGGAUUCCCUGUCACUCAAUCCAAGAGCACAAGUAUUCUUCCUUUUUUUUUUUUUUUUUUUUUUUUUUUAAGCAGUUUGAUACUUGCCCACUACUGCCAUUCAGACUUUUAUGCAGCCCUCAAGGAAGAGACCUCAUGUUUGUCUUUGGAUGGCAGCUCAGAAUUCAGAAAACCUGUGCUCUAUGAAGUACAUUCCUUUUGGAGUGCAGGCGGAUAAGGAUACGAGGCAGAAAUGCUAAUGUGAAAACUCUCAGGCAGUAAACAGCUGAGCUGGCUCUGCCUUCCUUUCCCUGGCUCGCUGUGUGUGGGUGUGAGUGUAUGUAUAUAUGAGAUACUGUAUGUGUGUGUGUGUGUGUGUGUGUGUGUGUGUGUGUAUAUGUAUAUAUAUAUAUAUAUAUAUAUAUAUAUAUAUAUAUGAUGUAUAUGAGUGUGUGUUGGCAAUGCUGAAGUGCACAAAAGGCCAGUUUAAGAAAACUGAACUGAAAGCCCUGCAAAAGUAGCCUGCUUUCACCUGUACAUGUGUUAAUAAGAACCUCCUGGUGUUCUGCACUGGCACUGAUGAUGUAUCCAUUUUGUGGUUUAUAUAUAUUUUAUUCUCAGACUUUACCUUCACAAAUCUUUAUUGUACAGGAGGGGGGAGGGGGGGAUGCAAGACAGAUAUUCUCCUGGCUCGUUUUAUAAUAUCCUAUCGAAUCCGUGCACAGUCCUGUACCCUGUAGAUGUCUGUCCAUUUUCAGGCUCUGAGCGCCGUGUACACAGGAUGUUCUUUAGAAUUGCCUGGUGUAGAGAGUAAGUGGAACCUGUGGAAAGUACCUGUAGAAUGUAUAUUCCCUGUUUCUUGAAGUCAAUAACCCUUGUCUUGUAUAAUACAGGCAGUGCAAUGGAAACCUCAAAGCUCCUGUUUUAUUGUUUUGUUUAUUUGGUUUUUUUUUUCCUGACACAAUGUUGUAAUUGUUUCACUGAGACAACUCGGUCAAAAAAAUCCACUCGGGUUCAUCAGAGCCGCCUGCAGCACUGCUCUGUUUCUGCAUUGUACCAUGUUCAUUGUACAUUUUGCAUGGACAUGAAAUGUAGGUUUUAUAACGUGGGACUUGUUACAGAACAACCAAUAAGAACAGUAGUUCAGUCCAGUAUACAAAUAAAAUCAUUUAUAUAUAAUUA